UAAAUAGUCGUGGGUCGGUGGGUGAGAAUGGUUUUCGGAGAAUUAGAUCCAUGACUUGGCGUACGAGGAUAAGGCCUGAAUUUCGAAAGUAUUGGACUGUAUAGGUGGACUUCUUUGCCUAAAAGCGGACGAGAAUUGGUUACAUUUCUGCUGUUUUGUGAGCUUUUCAGGGCCGCUAUGAAUUCCUUGAAUUUCUGCGGGGGAUCCAACAGUGGAGUCUAUCCUCUACACAGCUUCAACUCCGUCUUUUUCGACCACCACCAGAUGGAAGACCAGUACCAGGUUUAUUCAUUGGCCAAUCCCUCCUCGGUUAACACGUUCUCUGUUGCUGAAAGACUUGCAGAGUUGAUCCUGGAGGCCCGUUAUGGGAACCAGCAAAAGCAGCGUCGGAGCCGCACAGCCUUCACUGUGUCCCAGCUACAGGCUCUAGAGAAAGCCUUCCAACAGACCCAGUACCCUGAUGUAAGCAUGAGAGAGAGACUGGCUGUCUGCAUCAACCUGCCUGAGGCUCGCAUUCAGGUGUGGUUCAAGAACAGGAGAGCAAAGCUCCGUAAGGGACAGCGAUGCUCCCCUCUUCGCAGAGUACAAAGCCUGGAGGAAUCACAUCAAACCAAGGCAGGAGGGGAAGAGAGCACUACCAAGGACUCCAAAACACAAAGCAAAUUCGCUCCUCUCAGGGAAGUCAGUGAUGCUCCCACCAUUUCUUGUCCUGGAGACGCCAUUGCAACUCAGGCCCACUCAAGAUUACAUUAUCCUCCCGUUUUUCCCUUUGUGUGUGGAGAGCAGAACCACCUUCCACAUCAUCAUGCUUUAGGGAUGCUGUCAGCUGGCUUACAUUUCACCCCCAAAUUCUGGCCCAUUCUACAGCAACACAGCCCGGCCUUAGGAGUUGCCCCACCGGUUGGUAAAAAUGGCAGCCUUUCCCUUCAGACUUUCUAUCCCAGUAAAGCUUUACCCCACACCAACCUGGGUCUAUAACUUCUCUGCAGUGUGUGUUGACAAAAAGGGACUCAAAUAAGAAAAGAGUACACUGGUGUACUAGUAUCAACAUGGACACAUAAACUACUGAUUGUAACUUUGACUCUGUACAACUGUUUGUAUGUGUGAAGGACCUUUGCUAAUUGUCCUGUUAGAGUACCUCUGACAAAUGAUUAUGUCUGUAGAUGAUUAGUUUGAUUAAGAAACACUCAAGGGGCUAGUAUGUUGUGAGCAUUCGGGAUCGCAACCGGGAGUGUAUUGGUACAUACUGCAUAUGCUUAGAGAUGUUACUGUCAGUUUUUACUCACUUAUGACAAGCACUCUGUGUUGUUGUUGGUUUUUAUCGCACUGCUUUGCUUUAUCUUGGCCAGGUCGCAGUUGUAAAUGAGAACUAGUUCUCAACCAUCUUACCUGGUUAAAUAAAGGUGAAAUAAAUCAAAUAAAAAAACGUAGGAGAAUAGAGAAUUUAAAUGUGGUUUGGGGCACUUAUUUCUUUUAAAAUAAAAUAUCAAUUUGUUCAAGACACUUUUCUGUAAUGUCUCAUGGUAUGACUCUUUAGGCCUAUCCUAUAUUAAUUUCAU